AUGGUUCAAUUAGAAGAAAGAUUGAAAAAUAUUUCAAAAUCAAAUGUAAAGUUUUACAAUUGGUCAAGAACUUAUGGAUGUGAACCGGAAUUGUAUUUCGAACCAGAAUGCGAGGAGGAUGUAAUUAAGAUCGUAGAGUUAGCAAAAGUUAAUAACAAGAAAAUCCGAGCCAUCGGUUCGGGACAUUCACCAUCUGAUCUCGCAUGCACCGAAGGAUACAUGAUCAACAUGGCUAAACUCAAUCGUCAAUUUGAAUGGAUUUGUCGAAGAAAGUUAAAACGCCGUUUCCAAGAAUAA